AUGGCCGGCGGCGGCAGGGACCCUCUGGUGGUUGGUAGGGUUGUGGGCGAUGUGCUGGACCAGUUCACCCGGACCACCAGCCUCAGGGUCAGCUAUGGCGGCAGGACGGUGUCCAACGGCUGCGAGCUCAAGCCGUCCAUGGUGACGCAGCAGCCUAGGGUUGAGGUCGGCGGCACUGACAUGAGGACAUUCUACACCCUCGUGAUGGUAGACCCAGAUGCUCCGAACCCAAGCGACCCCAGCCUUAGGGAGUAUCUACACUGGUUGGUCACUGAUAUUCCUGGUAGUACUGGAGCAACAUUUGGGCAAGAGGUGAUGUGCUACGAGAGCCCUAGGCCGACCAUGGGGAUCCACCGGAUGGUGCUGGUGUUGUUCCAGCAGCUUGGCCGUCAGACGGUGUAUGCACCUGGGUGGCGCCAGAACUUCAGCACCAGGGACUUCGCCGAGCUCUACAACCUCGGCUCACCGGUCGCCGCCGUCUACUUCAACUGCCAGCGCGAGGCCGGCUCCGGUGGCCGUAGGGUGUACCCAUAGGAUUGGGGUGUCCUCUGGUUACGUACGUCAUCGGACUUUAGACAUAGAGGUUAACAUACGAGCCAAAGUACAU